UUUUACGAGCACAGAUGAAACAGAGGAGGCUGUACUGAGCACCGUUAUUAUUGUUUUCUUAAGGCUUUAUUAAAAAAGAACUGGAUACACAUGCCGAAUUUCAUCUGUGAAAGAUGGAGUAAGAUGUGGACUUAACUGAUGUUACAAUAUGCAAAAUCCCUCCACACAUGAGGAAAAGAGCCCUCUAUAAGUAUGAUCAGUGUAACGUGGUAAUGUUAGAGGAAUAGCAAUUGGAGACAACCUGCUGCACGCAGCUACUCUGUAAGACAAACAUCAGUAAAACCAAGCAGCAAGGAAAGAAGGGUUCUUCAUGACAAAAUGACAGCAAGAGAACACAGUCCCCGCCAUGGUGCAAAAUCCCGCACCGUGCAACGGGCCUCCACAAUUGAUGUCACCUCUGACAUGCUAGGCCUUUCUCUAGCAGGAAACAUUCAGGAUCCAGAUGAGCCGAUUUUAGAGUUCAGUUUAGCUUGCAGUGAGCUGCUAACUCCAUCGCUAGAUCGAAAACCAAAUAGUUUUGUAGCAGUGAGUGUAACUACACCUCCUCAGGCAUUCUGGACGAAGCAUGCACAGACAGAAAUUAUUGAGGGAACAAGUAAUCCUAUCUUUCUAAGCAGCAUUGCCUUUUUCCAAGACUCUCUGAUCAAUCAAAUGACACAAAUCAAACUCUCCGUGUACGACGUCAAAGAUAGAUCUCAGGGAACAAUGUAUUUGUUGGGUUCCGGGAUGUUCACUGUAAAAGAACUUCUUCAGGAGAAGAAUCACAGGUUGCACUUAACACUAAGGUCGGCUGAAAGUGACCGUGUAGGUAACAUUACAGUUAUUGGAUGGCAAAUGGAGGAAAAAACUGACCAAAGGCCUCCAGUGACAAGGUCACCUGAUACAAUUAAUGGAAGGACUGUGUUGCCAGUUGAUGAAAGUUUAACAGAAUCUUUAGGAAUCAGAUCCAAAUAUGCUUCAUUACGGAAAGAUGCACUACUGAAAUCUGUGUUUGGUGGCGCCAUUUGCCGAAUGUAUCGCUUCCCAACCACUGAUGGAAACCACUUGAGAAUCUUGGAGCAGAUGGCUGAGAGCGUCCUGUCGCUGCACAUCCCUAGGCAAUUUGUGAAGCUUCUUCUAGAAGAAGAUGCAGCAAGGGUUUGUGAACUAGAAGAACUGGGAGAACUGUCUCCUUGUUGGGAAAGCCUUCGUCGACAAAUAGUUACUCAGUACCAAACAAUUAUUUUAACUUAUCAGGAAAAUCUAACUGACCUGCACCAGUAUAAAGGUCCUUCAUUUAAAGCCAGUAGCUUGAAAGCUGAUAAAAAAUUGGAAUUUGUUCCUACGAAUUUACAUAUACAGAGAAUGAGAGUCCAGGAUGAUGGAGGAUCAGAUCAGAACUACGACAUAGUCACCAUAGGAGCACCAGCAGCUCAUUGUCAAGGCUUUAAAUCAGGUGGCUUGCGGAAAAAGCUGCAUAAAUUUGAAGAGGCAAAGAAACACAGUUAUGAGGAGUGUUGCACUUCAACAAGUUCCCAGUCUAUAAUAUACAUCCCACAGGACAUUGUUAGAGCAAAGGAAAUUAUUGCACAAAUCAACACUCUGAAAACGCAAGUCAGUUACUAUGCAGAAAGGCUCUCAAGAGCUGCGAAGGAUAGAUCAGCUAAUGGCCUUGAAAGAACCCUUGCCAUCCUAGCAGACAAGACCCGGCAACUUGUCACAGUCUGUGACUGCAAGCUGUUGGCAAAUUCAAUACAUGGACUGAAUGCUGCAAGGCCAGACUAUAUAGCUUCAAAAGCAUCUCCAACGUCUGGAGAAGGCGAGCAAGUGAUGCUGAGGAAUGAUCAAGAUACACUUGUGGCUAGAUGGACAGGAAGAAAUAGCCGAUCUUCUCUGCAGGUGGAUUGGCAUGAAGAGGAAUGGGAGAAAGUUUGGUUGAAUGUUGACAAAAGUCUGGAGUGUAUUAUACAGAGAGUGGACAAACUUCUCCAGAAGGAGCGCUUGCAAAGUGACAGCUGUGAAGAUGUUUUCCAGUGCGACAUCAGCUGUACUAGUAAGAAAGGUAAUCGAGACACUCGUGCCUACUGGAUAAAUCCAGAAGAUUUAAAUGAGACCUCAUCAUCCUCACCACCUUCAUCAUCCUCACCACCACCUUCAUCCACACCAUCCUGUACAUGCCAUUCUCUCAGAAGGACAAAUUGCAGCCCCGCUCCGGAAGAAUCUGGCCCAGGUGAAUGGAGCGAAGCUCUUUAUCCCUUGCUGACAACACUCACAGACUGCGUAGCCAUGAUGAGUGACAAGGCAAAGAAAGCCAUGGUGUUUUUAUUAAUGCAGGACAGCGCCCCGACAAUAGGGCUCUGCCUGAGCCUUCAGUAUCGCAGGGAUGUUGUCUUCUGCCAAACUCUGACAGCUCUCAUUUGUGGUUUCAUUAUCAAGCUGAGGAACUGCCUGCAUGAUGAUGGAUUUCUAAGACAACUCUACACCAUUGGCUUGCUGGCGCAGUUUGAGAGCCUGCUGAGCACUUACGGUGAGGAGCUGGCAAUGCUGGAGGACAUGAGUUUGGGAAUCAUGGACUUAAGGAAUGUAACCUUUAAAGUAACUCAGGCCACAUCAAAUACAUCUCCUGACAUGCUGCCAGUCAUCACUGGAAAUCGUGAUGGAUUUAAUGUGAGAAUACCUUUGCCAAGCGCCUUGUUUGAUUUGUUGCCGCGAGAGAUUCAAAGUGGCAUGUUACUGAGGGUUCAGCCUGUUCUUUUCAAUGUGGGAAUCAAUGAGCAGCAAACCCUAGCAGAGAAGUUUGGAGACACCUCACUGCAAGAAGUAAUUAACAUGGAAAGCUUAGUGCGGUUGAAUUCGUAUUUUGAGCAGUUCAAGGAAGUUUUGCCUGAUGAUUGUCUACCUCGAUCUCGUAGUCAGACGUGCCUGCCUGAACUGUUAAGAUUUCUGGGACAAAAUGUACACGCAAGGAAAAAUAAGAAUGUUGAUAUCCUUUGGCAAGCUGCUGAGAUAUGCCGCAGACUAAAUGGUGUUCGAUUUACAAGCUGUAAAAGUGCCAAGGAUAGGACUGCCAUGUCGGUCACCCUAGAGCAGUGUUUGAUCCUACAGCAUGAACAUGGAAUGGCUCCACAGGUCUUCACCCAGGCUCUGGAGUGUAUGAGGAGUGAGGGUUGUCGGCGAGAAAAUACAAUGAAGAAUGUUGGAUGUCGCAAGUAUGCAUUUAAUUCCCUGCAACUGAAGGCUUUCCCAAAGUAUUACAGGCCUCCAGAAGGAACUUAUGGAAAAGUUGAAACAUAAGCAUACUAUGUCCUUUAAUUGCUGUUCCAUUAAAACAUGUGGAUACACUCUAGAUUAAUACAUGAUUUUGUCAUCCAGAAGAGAUAAAUAACCUUUUUGUACGUUUCGCUAGGUUAUACAGAGCAUGUUACUUACAGAAUUGGAAUCUAUAGUAACAAUUAUUCUGACACCUUAGCUUGAGAAUAGUGUGAUGACUCUCUGCCCGUUUAAAUAGCCGUCAGUGUAUGUAAGAUGAACAGAUAUUGUGCUACGUAAUAAUUACCUAUAUGCAAAUAGCUAGGUACCUCCUGGAUGGGCAAGGACUCGAGGAACGGCAUUUAGGCAGCUGUUUCACAUAACAUCUUUUUAUACUGAGUUGACUUGAGAUUGAGCUUUUCAUAAACUUUUUAAAACUGAGAGUAAAACUCAAAAGUUGUAAAUAAAAAGGGAUGGAUCCUAGACAGUCUAAUAACUGUAGAAUGCAUUGUUACAAUCAAGAAACAGAAGUUUAACUUUAAAAAAAAAAUCAGCACAAUAAAAGCCAGGAGUAUAAAUUGUUUUACUGCAUAUAGGAUGCCAUCUUCAUAUAUGAAAUUAACAAUACAGAAAAGGCCAGGCAUAUGAGGUCUAGUUUCUAGUUCUGUCCAAAUAAAACGAAUUCCUGUCGUCUUCGGCAGAUAAGAACUUGGGCACACAUCUUAACUGAUUUUAAAAAGUGUUUCAGAAACAUAAUGGUGCCUAACCAUUAAUGCCAGGAACAGUUCCCCCUGCCCUUCCCCACUAUAAGGCAAGUGCAACAAGCAAGUUGCUGAUGUUGCACGUGACAUGUUCAGUAUGUUCCAUGGUAUUGUAUAUUAAUUAACACAUUUUUACCCAUGGCUUUUUAUAUCACUUCUGGAUUGUAAGCAUUAGCAUC